AUGGCGGAGAGCUGGCUGCGCCUCCCGGGGGCAGGGCCGGCGGAGGAGGCCGGGCCCGAGGGCGGCCUGGAGGAGUCGGACGCCCUGGAUGACAGCCUGACCAGCCUGCAGUGGCUGCAGGAAUUCUCCAUUCUCAACGCCAAGGCCCCCGCCCUGCCUCCGGGGGGCACCGACCCCCACGGCUACCACCAGGUGCCGGGCUCGGCGGCGCCGGGGUCCCCCCUCGCGGCCGACCCCGCCUGCCUGGGGCAGCCGCACACGCCGGGCAAGCCCACGGCCUCGUGCACGCCGCGGAGCGCGCCCCCGGGGCUGCAGGCCCCGCCCCCCGACGACGUGGACUACGCCACCAACCCGCACGUGAAGCCGCCCUACUCGUACGCCACGCUCAUCUGCAUGGCCAUGCAGGCCAGCAAGGCCACCAAGAUCACCCUGUCGGCCAUCUACAAGUGGAUCACCGACAACUUCUGCUACUUCCGCCACGCAGACCCCACCUGGCAGAACUCGAUCCGCCACAACCUGUCUCUGAACAAGUGCUUCAUCAAAGUCCCCCGGGAGAAAGACGAGCCGGGCAAGGGGGGCUUCUGGCGCAUCGACCCCCAGUAUGCCGAGCGGCUGCUGAGCGGGGCCUUCAAGAAGCGGCGGCUGCCCCCGGUCCACAUUCACCCGGCCUUCGCCCGCCAGGCCUCGCAGGAGCCCGGCGCCGUCCCCUGGGCCGCGCCGCUGGCCGUGAACACGGAGGCCCAGCAGCUGCUCCGGGAGUUCGAGGAGGCCACGGGGGAGGCGGGCUGGGGCGCGGGCGAGGGCAGGCUGGGGCAUAAGCGCAAGCAGCCGCUGCCCAAGCGGGUGGCCAAGGCCCCGCGGGCCCCCAGCACCCUGCUGCUGACGCAGGAGGAGCAGGGCGAGCUGGAGCCCCUUAAGGGCAGCUUCGACUGGGAAGCCAUCUUCGAGGCGGGCACUCUGGGCGGGGAGCUGGGCACGCUGGAGGCCCUGGAGCUGAGCCCGCCACUCAGCCCCGCCUCGCACGGGGACGUGGACCUCACCGUCCACGGCCGCCACAUCGACUGCCCCACCCCCUGGGGGCCCCCGGCAGAGCAGGCUGCCAACAGCCUGGACUUUGACGAGACCUUCCUGGCCACGUCCUUCCUGCAGCACCCAUGGGACGAGAGCGGCAGCGGCUGCCUGCCCCCAGAGCCCCUCUUCGAGGCUGGGGACGCCACGCUGGCCGCCGACCUGCAGGACUGGGCCAGCGUGGGUGCCUUCUUGUAA